AUGACAAAGCAGCCUGAUAGGAGCUUUAGAUACUAUCCUGGAAAAGCACAAGCCGAAGACCCAGUUUCGGAAGAAGAGUCUGAUGAGGAAGACGAGGAAGAACAAAAGCCGGCUGUAAAAGCGCCGCCCCCUAAGGCGUCGUCUUUCCCGAGACAAGCAUUGGCAGUGCAGCCAGGUACACCGACCGGACAGUCAUUGCCAACAGCCGCAGAGCUCUCGAAGACAGAUGAUCUGGAAGGCUUUGUUACAGCAUCAGAGUCUUCGGACGCUGAAGGCGACAGUGGGAGCGAGGAAGAAGACGAGGAGAGCUCAGAAGAGGAAGACAGCAGUUCGGAUGACGAGCCAGAAAAGCCUAUGCUCAGGCCUACGUUCAUGUCAAAAGCGCAGCGCGCAAAACAACAGGCUUCGGGGCCCUCGAUUUCCACUGAAGAUCAGGCGGCUGAAGAAGAACGGAAACGUAAAGAGAAGGCCGAUGAGCUGUUGCAAGCGCAAAUCGAGCGUGAUGCUGAAGUGCGUAAGGCGGGCAAGAAGUAUUGGGACGACGACGAUGUCGACCCUGCAGACGAAGUUGAUGACAACGAUGAGUCGGAUCCAGAGGCAGAGAGGGCAGCCUGGAAGUUGCGCGAACUCAAGCGAGUGAAGCGCGAUAGAGAGGCGCUUAUUGCGAAGGAAAAGGAGCGUGAAGAAGUUGAGCGGCGACGCAACAUGACUGCCGAAGAACGAGAAGCCGAAGAUCGCGAGUUCUUGGAGAAACAGGCCGAGGAGCGCGAGGACAAAGGCAAGAUGGCGUACAUGCAGAAAUACUUCCACAAGGGCGCUUUCUUCAAUGCCGAUGAGCAAGACGAAGAAGUCAAACAAGCACUCAAUCGUAACAUUGCAGGGCACAAAUUCGUCGACGAUGCAGGCGACAAGGCUGUAUUGCCGGAAUACAUGCGGAUCCGAGACAUGACGAAACUGGGUAAGAAGGGUCGGACCAAAUACAAAGACCUCAAGAACGAAGACACUGGUCGUUGGGGCCAAUUUGAAGGCAAGAAGAGAGACCAUGAUGGACUAGAUGAUAGAUUCAGGCCGGAUGAGAAGUCUGGUGGAGGAAGGGAAAAGACGGGCGCGAAUGCAGCACCGAUCGGCGAAAGACGACGACGGGAGGAUGAUGGCGGACGAGACCUGGAUGGGAAGAGGCCGAGAUACAGCUGA